AUGAGCCAGGAAAAAACGAUUUUAUCUAUCCAAUCAUUCGUAACCCACGGUUAUGUGGGAAACAAGGCGGCGACUUUUCCGCUGCAGCUGCACGGUUUCGACGUUGAUGGUAUAAACACUGUCAGUCUGUCCAACCACAGCGGCUACUCUAUUAUCCGCGGGCACCGCAUGGACGUCAAUGAGUAUGACGUCCUGAUGGAAGGUGUCCGUGCGAACAACUUCCUCGCGAGCUACCGCUACGUUCUCACGGGAUACGUCAAUAACCCCGAUAUUGUGUUGCGUAUACGCGAUACGUUGAAUGAGAUCCGUGAGCUUCGCAAGAGUGAGGGGAAGGCACUCACAUUUUUCUGCGACCCCGUGAUGGGUGAUGACGGCAUCAUGUAUUGCAAGCCGGAGGUCAUCGAGGCGUACCGGGAGCUCGUCAAGUGCGCUGAUGUGGCGACACCCAACUACUACGAGGCCGGCCUGCUGAGCGGCAUCAGCGUGUGUGACAUGGCGACCGCCAUGCAGGCGGCGGACUGGUUCCACGCACAGGGCACCACGAGCGUCGUCAUCAAGUCCUUCCGCCUCAAGGAGGACCCGCAGAACCUCCACUUCCUCUUGUCGACAAAGCCAUCAGGGGCGGCGACGGCGCAGCGCUUCACUGGUGUGGUUCCGUACCACGAGGGACGCUACACUGGUACAGGCGACCUCUUUGCUGCCUCGCUGCUCGCCUUCUCCCACAACAGCACGUUGGAUGUGGCGGUCGGAAAGUCAAUGGGGGUUCUGCAGGACAUUAUCAUUGCUACUCGUAGCGAAGGCGGCGAUGGCAACAGCUCUCUCCAGAGCCGUGAGCUGCGUGUGACACGGUCGCCCAAUACUCUGCUGCAGCCCUCAACUCUGGUCAAGGUCACACCGAUGUAA